UUGUGCUUUAUGUUAACGGUUUAAAUUUUUUGGCGGGCUUCUUCUGUCAGCUGAUCAUCUUCCUUGAUUCACAAUAGAUUAUGAAUGUUGCUUGUAACCGUCAUGAUGAUAAUUCCCCAAUCUUGUUUAUCGAUUUUAACCAAGAUUACACAUCUAUUCAAGUUGGGACAAAAACGGGAUACAGCCUCCUGUCAACUGUUGGUGAUCAGGUGACUGAGACAUUUUCUUCUACCGGUGAUCCUAUGUGUAUUGUUGGAAGAUUAUUUAAUCGAAGCUUAGUUACAUUGGUCUCACAGAACGAUAUGCGCAGGCUACUAGUUGCACAUUCCAGAAUAAACACAUUGAUAUGCCACUAUCGUUAUACCUUGACUAUAUUAGCUGUUAAAAUGAAUCAUCAGCGUUUAGUAGUUUGUGUAGAAGAUGGAAUAUUUAUUCAUAAUAUGCGUGAUAUGCAAUUAUUGCACAAAGUUGAAGAAACUCCACCUAACCGAAAUGGUGUUAUUGCUUUAUCGGCCAAUGAAAGCAAUUGCUAUUUAGCCUAUCCUGGCUCUCAUCGUGUUGGAACUGUUUUCAUUUUCGAUGCAUUAAGUUUUCAAAAUGUUACAUCUAUCGCUGCCCAUGAUGGUCUACUAGCAUGUCUUACAUUUAAUGCGAGAGCUAAUUUAUUAGCGACCGCAUCAGAAAAAGGCACUGUAAUACGAGUGUUUUCUAUUCCACAAGGAGAAAAAGUGAUUGAAUUUCGUCGUGGACUUACUCGCUGUGUAUCUAUCUGCUCUCUAUCAUUCAGUAUGAAUAGUCAAUAUCUUGUUGCCGCUAGUCAUACAGAAACAGUGCAUAUAUUCAAAUUGGAAAGUCAUUCUUCUGAAAAGACACCUGAAGUUCAAACUGAUCACUAUACUAGACAACGUACUACGUCUUCUAGUUCUGGAGCUAGUCAAGUUGCUGGAUGUAUUAUAGAUGAUUGUGAUCCGCCUUCAUCUGAUGAUAUUGGCACAAAUUACCCGGGAUGUAUAGAUAUAAAUACUGCUGGUUUAGAUAAUACUAAUACUACAACUGGUGCAGCGGCAGCUACUAUGGCCAGUUGGAGUCAAGGUUUAAUGGGAUGGAUGGGAAGUACUCUAAAAACAUAUUCUGCUUAUCUACCACAUCAAGUUUCCGAAAUAUUUGCUCAGGAUCGUGCGUUUGCAUAUGCUCGAAUACCAUGUGCAUCAGUUAAUAGCCCAUUUCGUCCACCAGGCAGUGGUAGUCCUGUAACCAUGACUCCAACCGGAGAGUUGGUUAAUCUUAAUUAUGUUGGUUCGACAACUUCAAUUCCUCAAGGUAGUUUAAUGCAGUUGUCACCUGGGCAAAGGAAAGUGGCUGCUCUUGUUUACUAUCAGAAUCAACCACGAUUAAUUGUCGCUGGCCUAGACGGUCUUGUGCAUAUUUUCUCUAUUGAUCCAGUCAAUGGUGGUGAAGGUGUUUUAAUAAGAACUCAAAGAUUACUAUCUCCACUUUCAACAAAUAAUCAACCAACUAGUAUAUCAUCUGUAGCAAUGAAUCCUAAUUCACCGUACGAUUCAAACUCUCUUCCAACAUCUAAUAUUACUAAUAGUAAUGUUAAUAUUUCUACCGGAGAUGGUAAUACAUCUAAAAAUGUCAAUUGUAUUCGAACUGGCGGGCCUCAACAACCAGGUGUUUAUGCAUUACCAGCGUCUGUUGCUACAACUGUCAAUUUAUCCAGUGGCAGUAAUCCAGGCGUUGUUACAACUGGUAAAGUCAAUACAUUCGCAUCAGUUGUUGCUGGUGGUAUAAAAGAUGAAAGCACAAACGUUACUGGUGGUAAUCAAUCACCGAAUUCCAUGAAGUCAGCAUGUCAUGAUGAGUGAAUGAAUCGAUAAUGUAAAUGGAUCAACACAACCCCCCUCUACACACACACACACGCAUCAAGAAAGAUUUGUCUACACUGCAAUAUUUCAGAUUCAAAUGUUGUUGUCGUCAUAGUUGUUAUUUUAAUUUUGCUGAAUAAUUGGCUAAAUGAUUUUAAUCGUGUAUUUUGACUAGUUCAUUAUCAUCUUCGGUUUAUUUUUGUCAUUCAAAGUUUUAUGUACAAUGAAUUCUCAAAAACGAUAAUUUCAGUUGUUAGUGUGUUUUUAGCGUUUUAUUAUUAUUAUUUUUUGAGUGCCCAUUUUGUUAAAUAAAACACAGAAAUUCUGUUAUUUACUCUUUUCGAAUAUUGUUAGAGUAAACGAAACUGGCGAAUCUAACCAACAUACACAAACACACACACACAUCAUACACACUCUUCAACAUUAUGCCUAGGUUUUUCCAACCAUCUUUAUUUUCAUAAAGUUUAUUUGACGUUUAUUUCCCACCAUCCAUUAAAUGCCUCUGUGUAUAUCGAAAAAAAGUUGUUCUCAGCCAAGGAUAACAGACAAAAAAAGAAGAGAAAUAUUACAGGG